GAAAGACAAGAACAUUGGUGAAACUGAUCCAAAUGUUCAAAACAAUGGUAUUAUCACUGAAAAAGUUUCAAAGAAAAAGUCAAAGAAAAGAAAAAGAGAAGAUGAUGAAGAAGUGGAAGAAGAAGAUGAGGUAAAGGAUGGGGAUGAAAAUGAAGAAAACGAUGAUGAUAGUGGGGAAGAGGAACCAGCAAAGAAAAAAUUCAAGACUAAAUUUAACUGGAAUGAAAUCAUAGUAGAGGUUUUACAAAGCAAGGGACCGGAAAUGAAAACAAAAAAGCUGAGAAAAAAGGUUCUUGCUGAGUACUUGUCACAGGGAUGCACUGAAAGAUCUGAGGAAAAACUGUGGUCGAGAUUUGAUAAAAAACUGAAAAAGAUUCCUGAGGUUAAAGUAAUAGGAGAGAAAGUGAAACUUAAAAAUACCUCCUAGUACUUUGCUAUAUGAUGGCUUUCACAUAAUCUCAGAUGUUAAUGACUCAUCAGAUUCCAGAUUCGGCUAUAAAGUGAUUGAAAGAUAUGAAAGGAAUAUGGUGACAUUUUAAUAAAUGUUGACUAUAGUUUAAGAACUUCCUUAUUGGAUUCUAUUACAAUAAAGUUUUGUUUUAAAGGUCAUUUGAGUUUUAAAGAGUUCCAUUUAACAGUUUUCAAGCAUGAAAUUAUGUUGUGGAGAGAGACAAUAUCUAAAAUGUUAAAUUACAUGCAUGUAACAGCAGAUAUACAUAUAUAUUUAUACAUAUAUAUUUAACAGAAUAUGCAUGUAGAUUUCGUAUAUAAUGUUGAAGCAAACUUUUUAUGCUUAUGCAAUAAGGUGGCAUAUAGCGAUAGUUAUACAUCUAAAAUAUAUAGUAAACUACAAUUCAUUCUCAAGAAACAUGUGGGAUAACAAACAAACAUGUCAAGAUUGUUCCUAGAGUGAAAGACUUCUAAAGUUGUACAAAAACAAUUGAUUUUUUAAAGAAAUCAUGUUGCCAUAAUUUGGUUCCAUAGCAUCCAUAAGACAUUAUAAGAAGAAUUUAAAUGACCUUAUACACAACUAAAAGGUCUAGAGCUUUGAUAUAUGCAUGAGACGUUUCCUGUUGGACCUCUACCAUAUUUGUAUGAAUCCUGGUCCCAUUGGCCAAGUUGGUGCCGAUUCAAAGGGCACAUAAUUUUAGAUAUAUACAUGUACAUAUACAUGUAUGUAUUAGAAUAUAAAGUCUCUUAAUCAUGCCCAGUUAUCCAGUUAGCCAAAAUGCUUUUAAGGAACAACAAAUAUAACAGUACUGUAUAGAAUAAAAUAGAAAGUUUAAUACAUUAUUUGUAUGUAAACAUAAUGCUGUUUUGGCUACCUGGACAAACUCAUCUGCCUUUGAGAAAGAAGUUGGUAUACUAAGUCACCCGACAAAUACCUUAGUCACAAUUUCUAUAAAUUUUGUACAUGACAGCAAGCUGAUGAUUCACACCAAAUAUGUAAGCUUUGGGCAGUUACGGAAAUAUUUAAAGGUUUUAUUUAUAAAUGACGAAUAUCAAGUGGCAGGUGGUGCCAAAUCUGAUCCAAUGGUCAUGAUUUGGAAAAAACUUGGAGAAGAUUUUUUUAAAGCUUUCACAAUGUGAUUAAAUGUAAAAUCAAAAGUGAUCACUAGGGAUUUCGUCUUGUAACAUAUCAAUGUUUAAGACUAGGUGGUUCUGGAGGAUAUAUUGAAUUUUUCACUAUUAUAUUUCUAUAAAAUGGUGUCCCCGAGGAUAGGCAGAUUUGACCCUAGGGGUCAUGAUUUUAACAAACUUGAUACAGGCCAAUCAGUUAAUGCUUCAUGCUAAAUAUCACAGUACUAGACCCUGAAGUUCUGUAGACAAAGAUUUGUAAGUUUUCACAUUAUGUUUUAAUGCAUUUGGACAAAAAAAUCAGCCAUUUGUUUUACAAUGAAUACAAGUGAAAAAUGUGGAAAAUACCAGAUAAGUCAUCACUGUGUAUUUUAAGCUAGUUUGUUUUGAAGUGGCAGAAUGCAAUCUGACUGCAUGAAUUGUACAAUUUCAGCUUUUUAUUUGUGACUGAUGAAGCCUUCUUAACUGAAAUUUUUUAUUAAACUUGUUUUAUAUGUACAUGUAUGCUCACAGACUAAUUGAUUUUCAAGAUGUUGGUCUCUGAUACCUUAAUAUUCUAUGGGACUUAUUAUUAAAUUCAUUUUAUUGUACUUAUUAUGUCUGUAGUAUGUAUGUAAUUGAUAAAAAAAUAUCUUACUGA